AUGGUGCCCACACCCACCAGCAGCAACCCUCCAACUCAACUCGAAAUUUUUUUCGUGGCCAACAAUUCAACCAGCCCAAGCCAUUUCGUCCAAACGACGCUACCAACCGAAAUAGUUUCAACACUGCAAACGUCAACUCCAAUCAAGCUUAACGAACUAGCACUAGCCCUGCACGACCACCCAGACAAACCAUUUGUGGCAUCCAUACUCCUAGACAUUUCGCGUGGUGUAGACCUGGGCUUCACAGGCAAUCGCUCUGCCAGACAAACUCCAAAUGCCAAGUCUUCACUCAAACACAAAGACAUUGUCUCAAAAGCCGUAAUGAAAGAGGUCAAACUGGGGCACACUAUUGGUCCAUUCUCCGAGCCACCCUUUCUAAACUUCGUCACUAACUCCCUCGGGAUCAGGCCAAAGAAGACAGGUGGUCACCGACUCAUAAUGGACUUGUCCCAACCAACGAACAAUAGUGUAAACGACUUCAUACCAAAGGAAAACUAUACUUUGGUCUAUGCUCGCAUUGACGAUGCCAUCGCCAUGAUCAACAAACAUGGGCCCGGUUCGCUUCUUGCGAAAGUAGACAUCCAACAUGCGUUCAGACUGUGUCCUGUGCGAAAACAAGACUGGCAUCUACUCGGGUUUAAGUGGGACGGCCAUUACUACUUCGACCGCGUCCUUCCAUUUGGUCUGCGGUCUGCACCUUUCCUAUUCAAUAGGAUCGCCACAGCACUUGAAUGGGUAGUCAGACACCAAGCCAAAACAAGUGACAUCAUACACUAUCUCGACGACUUCCUGGCCGUCGGCCCACCCAAUCAUCAAUCCUGUCAACGAAGCAAAGACAUAAUUCUAAACACCUGCUCCACACUAGGCAUUCCCGUUGCUGCCAACAAGGUCGAAGGUCCAUCAUCCAUUAUUACCUUCCUCGGCGUCGAAUUGGACACAGUCGACAUGGUCAUCCGCCUACCAGCCGACAAACUUGAAAACAUCUUAUCUGCUAUUCCACUGUGGGCUAACAGAUAUCACUGCUCUAAACGUGAACUCCUAUCACUAAUUGGAACUCUGAGCUUUGCAUGUAAAUGCGUUCCUGCGGGAAGGCUGUUUCUAAGACGAAUGAUAGACCUCGCCACCACUGCUUCAUCAAUCAACCAAAUUAUAGUCCUUUCCAAUGACUUUCGCCUAGAUCUCCAAUGGUGGUGGGAGUUUCUUCCAAACUGGAAUGGCUCCGCCCGCAUUCUCGCAACAUCAUGGUGUCUGACCCCAAAUAUGAAUCUCUACACAGACGCUUCAUCUGUCAUUGCCUGUGGGGCCUUCUACAACAAGCAAUGGUUCACCCUGCCUUGGUCACCGGACAAAUGUUCCAUCAACCCUCCCCUCUCAAUUGAAUGGAAGGAACUUUUCCCUAUCCUAAUUUCAUGUCUAAUUUGGGGCCACCUUUGGCAUGGGCAAAAAAUCAUGUUUCACUGUGACAAUGAGGCAAUCGUCAACAUUUGGAAAAAAGGCACUUCAAGAUGUCAACGCAUCAUGUCGCUUGUGCGUGCCAUCUUCUUCACCGCAGCUAAUGGCAACUUCCACGUCAUGAUAGCACAUAUUCGUGGUACUAACAAUUCAAUUGCUGACUCUUUGUCUCGUUUGCAGAUGAAACGGUUUCGCCAACUGGUGCCAGACGCAGCAACAGAACCAGUAACACUGCCAGACCUCGACAGCUACUAUCCACAACAGUAA